GAACGCGCAUCUCUCUUUUGGGCACGCGGUUACGCGGUUGACGUUACGUGAACAUCGGGCGCGCGUUCCCGUACACGACCGCCCAUAAGUGCGACACGAGUCGAUUGUGAACGAUCCUGCGACGCGGGCCGUGUGACGCGGGAUUGACCGAUCUCGUCAGCGUGAAUUAGCCUCAUCCUUUCGGUGCCGUAAGCCGGCCGAGUUUCAACGUGGAAAGAUCGUCUCGCCCGAGCUUCUUCCGUUCCUGCCGAGAAUUCCGACACUCCCGGAAGGUUGGAUGCAGGGUGGUCUAGUGAUUUUAUCCAGUGCAUAGAAAAUCAGUUAAUUCUAUAUUUGUGGCGACGACUAGAGAUUUUGGGUUGGAUGCAGUUAACUGAUCGGGGCAGCGACCAGAAACUAAAUUUCCAGGAUAUUGAACUACGCGAAGGAAAGUAAAGCUUAACGGAUCAUAAUGCGCCAAUUUCUGUACCAUUCCCUCGUUCUUGAACUGUUGCUGGUGACAAUCUUGUUCGCGUCGUCGGGUCUGGCAGUGCCCAAGACGCGCGGCAAAAAGAAACUCAUCAAGGAGGCAAAGGAAGUGAAUAUCUGCGACAUUGAGAACCAGCAAGCGCCGAUUUUUUGCUACUGCAACAAUGUCGGCCUGCAAAAUGCCAGCGAGGCCGAUUGCUGGGUAUUGAGCAAGUUCGUACAGGACGAUUCCAUGUGGAAUUACUUCACAUCGCAAAGCCAUCUGAAAAAAUUGACGUUUACGGUACGUCAGAUCGGCAGCCUCGACUACGUGCCCAGUCAGGUGCUGCACAAACUGAAGAAUUUGCGCGUGAUCGUGUUCAAGUAUGGAUGGCUCCACGAGAUUGCCGAGAACGCUUUUAGCAAUCUCAACGGCGUUACCGAGAUCAAUCUCCACCGCAACAUGAUCGUUGUGCUACACAAGUACGCUUUCGCGCACAUGCGAAAUCUCACUGUCAUCAAUCUCGACGAUAAUCGCAUCCCUGAGAUUAAUAGAGAUACAUUUGUGAACUUGCCGAACUUGAGCAAGCUGUACCUGAACCGCAACAACAUUAGCACUGUUCACGACAAGGCGUUCAAGCUUCUGGGCUCGCUGCAGGAACUCGAGCUGAGCGGCAACCAGAUCACUGUCAUCACGCGCGACAGUUUCCAUGGUCUGCGCAAUUUGCUGCGUCUCGAUCUACGCCUCAAUCAGAUCACCAUGAUCGGCGAUCGUAGCUUUGUCGAGAUGCCGGAAUUAACCGAGGUCCAGCUUGAUCAAAAUAAGAUCAUAUAUAUAGCCGAAAGAGCAUUUGACAGCAUGCGCAAUCUCCGGAAGUUGCAUCUCAGCAGCAAUAAGCUGGUGACAUUGCAGCCAGACUUUUUAGCUGGUGCACCCAGUGUUCACUUUUUGGAUCUGAGGGUAAAUUCGCUGAAGACCAUGACUUUUGACAACAUUAAACCAAUCGUGACUAAUUUCUACGGCAAUAACAGCCACUUAUACCUGGGCGGAAACAAUCUGAUCUGCGACUGCAAACUCGCGUGGAUCUGGGGCCUGCGGAACGAGACGAAGAACACGGAACUGAGGAGUGCCCUGGAGGAGCUGACUUGCUUCCUUGAGAGCAAUAAUGCAACGCAGAAGAUCAACAACGAAGACCUGGGGAGAAAUCAGCCGCCCAAGAUUUCCAACGAAUACGUUAACGAUAAUUUGAGAGACGAUAAUAACGAGGACGACGAUGAGGCUGAGAACGAUGAAUAUUAUGAUGAAUCCGAUGACGAAAAUUCGACAAAUUAUCACAAGAAUAAUCGUGAUGGUAAAAAGUGCUGCACGAAAAACUUAUUCGAAUUGAAGCUAGAAGAGCUGCCAUGCCCGGAGCUUUCGCGUGAGGAUUUAAUGGCCUCCGAGCAGCCAUCCAGCCGCCAUGAAAACGCCCGCGUGGGUUCGUCCGGGUCCAGCUGGUUUAGCUCUGGUUCGACCUCGGUCCAGGCCGGUCAGUCCGUCCUCGUUGCCUCAUUGCUAUUGCUACCUAUACUUUUUUUCACGUAGAAGCGGUUAAGCACUCAAAAAUAAAGCGGUAUAAGCGCCAUUCGGCAGCCCGAUAUGCUCGAGUGAGCGGAUGGAAAAUCGUACACUUAAACGAAACGGGACAGAAAGAAAGUGUAUGUUUAUGUGUGUGUAUGUAUGUGUAUGUAUGUGUGUGUGUGUGUGUGGAUGUGUGUGCGUGUGUGUGUGGAACUAACUGGACACAACCAAGAGACGUACCUUCGAAACUUUCCGAAGCGCUUGCAGUUACCGUUUAUUAUAUGAAGUCUCUCUUAAAGAUAUCCGAACUUUAAAAAUGUUCGUGACUACGUAUCAAUAAUGCAUAUAUAGCAAUGGACAAGAGAUCGCCAAGUCACAAUUGUCUAGUAUAUAAACGCGGAUGCAUUUGCAUGCCAUUUUUAAAGUUUGAUAAUUUUCUUUUAAUUUUUCGUGUAUUUAACGUGACAGUGUAAAAACGUUUGCCAUUCUUUGAAAUAUGCUAUCAUGCACAAUUAAAGUUUAACGGGCCAACUAAUGAGAUGCGACAUUUUAUGUUCGCAACAAUCUACAUGUUUACUGUGUUUUCAAUAUGAGCCAAAAUGGUAAUAUAAAAAUGGCAAGGUUGCACAUAGCGUUUUAUUUUACACAAUAUUGGUUGAAUUCGGGCUCAAAUGCGCUCCCUUACAUACUGUACGCAUUCCCGUAUUUGUACAGUAUAUAUAUACAUAAUUUUACUGUAUGCAUUAUAAGAAUACCAAAAAAUAUCGCGCACACUACCGUUUCUCGUUAGUUAUUUCGCUUGCGUAAAUACUGCCAUUUAAACCGUAGUCGAUUAUCAUAUAUUCAGCUAAUUUUGACCGAGACGACGGGUCCAGCUACAACGGCUGGAAAUAUCGAUAUAAUUACAAACUGCCAGAAAUUCAGAUAUCGCCAUAUAAUUUAGAGUAAAUAUUGAAAUUUUGAUAGUAAAAUUAUACAGCAGAUUUCUUAAUUGUUUAUUUAUGACCGCAAUAAUUAUCCAUCUUUUUUCCACUAUUUCUAUUCGUUUUUAAGAGUAGGUUAAACGUUUUGAUAUAAAUGUAUUUUUUAAAAUUAUUUUUCUUUGUGCUUUUUACAACCUUUUGCAACAUGCUGUGAAAUAUUAAACACAAUCACACUGCCAGUUCUGCUCGCUCAGUUUUAUGGAUGGUUUUAAAAUUUUGAUACAAAUUUACGUGAUAUUUGUUUUAAGAUUGCUUUUCGAUUUUUAUAACCUUUUAUACAACAUUACAAAACAUUAAAUAUUGCACAUUGCCAGUUAUCAGUAAGCAUUUUAUUUGUAAACCUAUGAUUAAAUCUUCAUAUUCUUAAUACCCCCCCCCUCUAUUCUUAACAUCUGCAUUCUCAUUGUAACAACAUUUAUGAACUCCGUAUUCUUAACAUUUACUCCUGUGCUGCUAUAUGUAUACAUAUAUGCUAAUAAUCCAUACUUAUCAUAUGAUCACGUGAUCAUCAUAAUUAGAGAAAGCGCGAAUGAAAGAGGAGGAUGCCAUAUUGAAGAGGAUAUUCAAAGACAUUUCUUAGUAAAUAAAAAUUUCUUAUUUAACAUAUGCAUGCGUAUGUAUGCGCACAUGCAUAUCACGCGACCGACGCAUCGAAUGUCAACGCGUAGGCGCGAAUAAGAGAGAAAGAGACACGGCAAUUAUUUUCUCAUUUUAUUUAUCUUGACUUUCUCUCUCCAAAGCAUUGUCGGCAUAAAAAAUUGCUCGGCCCAUUUAUAUUUUUAUCCAUUACGUCCAACAGAUAAAUAUCCAUAUUUAUUUGAGGGCUGUGGAAAAGUAUUAAAAAUAGAAGAUUCUUUAUCUUAAUAUGUUAAGAAUACGGAUUUAAUUGUAUUACUAUUUAGAUUUUGAUCCAUACGUAAUACGUAUUUUUAACAUUAAGCCUAUAGCAAAGAUCAUCUACGAUGGAUGGAUGAUUUUGAAUCCUUGUAAAACUUUAUAUCUUGAAUAUCAAAAACAUCAAGAAUUAAUAUUAAUGUACAAUUUAAAAAAAAAAUUUAAUGGCGGCACGGUGCGAUUAUAGAACACAUCAAGAAUUGAUAUGGUUGAAACAUAUUUUAAGGAAAAAUUGAGAAGGACACCAUAUGAUCAGGAUUUUAUACUGCUUUCGAUAUUUAUUAAAGAAAAAAAGCAAUUGAAUUAGUUGAUUACGAAAAUGCACGAGUAACGCUAACAACUUCUUAAAAAAUUCCACGGACUUUAUUUUUAAUUUUAUCGUGAUGUAUAUUAAUAUUUUAGUACAUAUUUGGCAUUUAGAAAUAUAAAUAAGCGCUUAUUAAUUACAAAAUGCCUCUAAGAAAGCUCAGUAGUAAUCAUGCCUUUUUCGAAACGUUGCAUGUAAAAAAAGAUCGAUAUUCCUGUAGUUAGUAAUUGAUACUUUU